AUGUCAAAAAUCGGCGUUAAAGAUGGAGACACAAUGCACGGCUUUUAUAAGACGCUACCUCCAGAGCCGAGUCCUGAAGAAAGCAAUAAUAAUGCAGGAACGAGUGCUCAUCCUCGAACGGGACAGCAUUCGCCGCAAUUGGACGAGGAGGACUUCUUUGAUGAUAUUACUCGUUGGUUUGUCCCAGCUAUCGGCGCCAUUUUAGGCAUUUCGUGGGUUUACUUGAUCACCGCUCCGUACCCAAUGACGUUCUCUACUCAUUUAUCAAUGUUCUCUAUCACUGGUGUUUUCGCCGGUUUCAUAAUUAUGAACCGAGCCUGA